CAUCUCUCAAUGUCAAAACGUUGUUAUAUUGUUGUUGUCGUCGUCGAAAAAAACCGAAAUGCAAAGAUUUUCAUUAACCAACAAAACAUUCACUAUUGGAAUCAAUCAGUAUCCACCAUUCAUCCGGAUCGAUGUUGAUGGAUCAACAAUUCUCGGUGGAUUUGAAAUCAAAAUCCUAUAUUUAUUACGUGAUUAUUUUAAUUUUUCAACAAAAUUCAUCAAUACACAUGAUAAUUAUGGUAAAUUAUUGACAAAUGGAACAUGGACUGGAAUGUUUGGCAACUUAACAACCAAUCAAAUGGAUCUAAGUAUUUCUGGUGCUGUUAUUAGCGACGACCGUAUAAGAAAUAAUAUUAGCUUUCUUCAUCCACAUUGGCAAGAACAAUAUACAUUUGCAACAUUACCGCCACGUAUGGUACGAUCACAUAAUAUUGAUAUAUUUUUACGUCCAUUCGAAAUGAAUGUUUGGUUAGCAUUAUUCAUAAUGUUGAUAUUAUUGAAUUUAAUCAAUAUUUUUGUAAGCUUAUAUUUCCGGAAAAACAAUAUUCAACAAAUUAAACAAGAUCAUCAUCAUAAACAUCAUCUACCAUGGUCAUUUAGUAUACGUUUAUUAUUGAAUCAAUCAUAUCAUUGGUCAUAUUGGAAUCGUAUGGCUAUAUCAAUGAAAUUUAUUCUUAUAACAUGGUCAUUUGCCAUAUUGAUAUUAAAUCAACAUUAUGUUAGUUUUUUAUUUGCAUUUAUUUCAUUAUCACCAACAAUUCCUGCCAUUGAUUCAAUUGAAAAAUUAGAAAAAGAAUGUUUGAAAAAAAAUGUUGAAAUUUUUGCUGAUUCUGGUUCAUUCAUGUCGAGUGCCUUAAAGAGAACUAAAGAUCCGAUCAUGAAAAAUAUUCACCGAUGUUUAACAGCCAUUUCAAAUGAACGUGGAAUCAUUCCACCACAAAUGUUAUAUGAUGAUUAUACAUCCAAUUAUAAUGAACUUAAUCAACAAAAACAAGAACAUCAAAAAGUGAUGAAACGACGAUCAAAAAAACGAUGGAAACAAUAUGUAUAUAUUAAUUCAAAAUCUCGUCUCACCUAUGCAUUAUUAAUAUUGGGACCUGGUUCAAUAUAUAUACCGGCUUUAAAUGAUGAUUUUCGAACAACAUUAUUAUUGACUCAUGUAGCCAUACCAACAAGUCCAUCAUUUAGGCCAUAUCGUCAUUCAUUUGAACGAUAAAAAUAAUACGUUC